AUGGCAGCCCGCGGCUAUGGCUAUUACCGAACCGUGAUCUUCUCGGCCAUGUUUGGAGGCUACAGCCUGUACUACUUCAACCGCAAGACCUUCUCCUUUGUCAUGCCGUCGUUGGUGGAGGAGAUCCCUCUGGACAAAGAUGACUUGGGGCUCAUCACCAGCAGCCAGUCCGCUGCCUACGCCAUCAGCAAGUUUGUGAGCGGGGUGCUAUCUGACCAGAUGAGUGCUCGCUGGCUAUUCUCUUCUGGGCUUCUCCUGGUUGGCCUGGUCAAUGUAGCCUUUUCCUGGAGCUCCGCAGUGCCUGUCUUUGCUGCUCUCUGGUUCCUCAAUGGCCUGGCACAGGGGCUGGGCUGGCCCCCAUGUGGCAAGAUCCUGCGGAAGUGGUUUGAGCCAUCUCAGUUUGGCACUUGGUGGGCCAUCCUGUCAACCAGCAUGAACCUGGCUGGAGGGCUGGGCCCCAUCCUGGCAACCAUCCUCGCCCAGAGUUACAGCUGGCGCACCACGCUGGCCCUGUCUGGGGCACUGUGUGUAGCUGUCUCCUUCCUCUGUCUCCUGCUCAUCCACAAUGAACCUGCUGAUGUUGGACUCCAAAACCUGGAUCCCACCCCCUCCAAGGGCAAGAAGGGCUCCUCGAAGGAGGAGAGUACCUUACAGGAGCUGCUGCUGACCCCUUACCUGUGGGUGCUCUCCACUGGCUACCUUGUGGUGUUUGGAGUAAAAACGUGCUGUACUGACUGGGGCCAGUUCUUCCUCAUCCAGGAGAGAGGACAGUCUGCCCUCGUGGGUAGCUCCUACAUGAGUGCCCUGGAGGUUGGGGGCCUUGUAGGCAGCAUCGCAGCUGGCUACCUGUCAGACCGGGCCAUGGCCAAGGUGAAGCUGUCCAUCUACGGGAAUCCCCGCCAUGGCCUGCUGCUAUUCAUGAUGGCUGGCAUGACGGCAUCCAUGUACCUCUUCCGGGUCACUGUGACCAGUGACUCCCCCAAGGAUAUUGCUUUCUGGACUCCAGCUCUUCACCCUCUUGCUGAGCUCACAGGCUUUACAGAGAAUGAGCUCUGGAUCCUGGUGUUGGGAGCUGUGUUUGGUUUCUCCUCUUAUGGUCCCAUCGCCUUGUUUGGAGUUAUAGCCAAUGAGUGUGCCCCUCCAAACUUGUGUGGCACCUCCCAUGCCAUUGUGGGACUCAUGGCCAAUGUGGGCGGCUUUCUGGCUGGGUUGCCCUUCAGCACGAUUGCCAAACAUUACAGUUGGAGCACAGCCUUCUGGGUGGCUGAGGUGAUCUGUGCGGCCAGCACAGGUGCCUUCUUCCUUCUACGAAACAUCCGCACCAAGAUGGGCCGAGUGCCCAAGAAGGCUGAGUGA